AUGGCUAACGCUCAGACACCGGCCCAACCGGAGCAAGAGCAUCUCGAUACUAGCAAGCUGCAGGCGCUGGCAGAAGCAGCAUGCGAAGCCCCUCGACUUCCCGAGGCCCAGGCAGACGGCUUGCUGCUUCUGCUGCAGGCGGCCAAGAUGAUAGAGAAUGAUCAUGAGGCAGAACAGCUGGCGAAGGACUUCGAGGAGCUUGAGCUGCGCGCAAAGGACGCUCCAGGAAAUUGCGACAAGGAACGGACCGCACUGGCAGAACAGCUGGCGAAAGACUUCGAGAAGCUUAAGCUGCGGGCAAAGGAAACUCUAGGAAAUUGCGACAAGAAAUGGAUCGCAGAACAGCUCGCGAAAGACUUCGAGAAGCUUAUGCUACGGUCAAAGAAAAUCUCGAAGUCUGGCCGAGCCAAGGGCAGGAGACUGUCUGCUCGUUCUCCUAAGUCCAGGGUGACUUCUCGAUCCCCUCCUGAUCCGGGGACCACUCCCGCGGCAGAGCAAACUGGGAACCCCGAUGAUGUGUAUGAUGCUGACGAUGAGAUGGUGACAGGAUGA